CCUUUAAGAAACACACUCCUGUUGCAUGGAGAGUCUGGUGUUUUUCCACUCUCUCCGAUAUUACCCAUAUAAGACACGAAGGUCGGGGAGAGAGAGACAGACAGACAGAAAGAGAGAGAGAGAGAGAGAGGGCGUGAAGAUUAUUUGUAGUUGCCUCGCCGAUCGCGCGCGCAGACAAACACACUCUUUCUCUCACACGCACCGGCACAAAGAAACGGCAGGACAAGAAGAGACUGAGCAAUAAAUCAACGGCACAGCCGUGUUUCACACCAUCUGUGCUGGAGUGAGGAUUAUGAUGUCCUUCCUCUGAGCUGAACUUCAGCCUGGUUUUGACUCUGGUAAACUUGCAGAAGCCUUGUGUUUUCCUGCCUCGGAUUAACCGUUGCCUGCUGCUGCAGCCGUGUCGUUUUGCCCUCGCUCUCACGGUAUAAAACCGGUCCGAUAUGUCGAUCAUCAGCCACCAUCAGGCCACCAUGGCUGAUAUGGCACAGAAAGAGAAGUUGCAGUGUCUGAAGGAUUUCCAUAAGGACACGUUAAAGCCGUCCCCGGGUAAAAGUCCAGGUACCCGGCCAGAGGACGAGGCAGAGGGAAAACCUCCACAGAGGGAGAAAUGGGCCAGCAAACUGGACUUCCUGCUCUCUGUAGCCGGCGGCUUUGUGGGAUUGGGGAACGUCUGGCGUUUCCCGUACCUCUGCUACAAGAAUGGUGGAGGUGCAUUUCUCAUCCCAUAUUUCAUCUUCCUGUUUGGUGGAGGACUUCCCGUGUUCUUCCUGGAGGUGGCAUUGGGCCAGUUCACCUCAGAAGGAGGGAUCACCUGCUGGGAGAAACUCUGCCCCAUCUUCACUGGAAUUGGCUACGCAUCCAUUGUGAUUGUGUCCCUGCUGAACAUCUACUACAUUGUGAUCCUGGCUUGGGGUUUGUAUUACCUGCUGCAGUGUUUGCAGAGGGAGCUGCCAUGGGCGAGCUGCCGCCACAGCUGGAACACCCCCAACUGCGUGGAGGACACCAUACGCAAGAACAAAACCCUCUGGCUCUCGGCCAACGUCACCAACUUCACCUCGCCCGUGACUGAGUUCUGGGAGCGUAACGUGCUCAGUUUAUCGUCUGGGAUUGAUGAGGUGGGUGAGCUGAAGUGGGAUCUGGCCCUGUGUCUACUCGCCGUCUGGGUCAUCUGCUUCUUCUGCAUCUGGAAAGGAGUGAAAUCCACUGGCAAAGUGGUUUAUUUCACUGCUACCUUUCCGUUCCUCAUGCUCAUUGUGCUGUUGGUGCGAGGCGUAACUCUGCCAGGUGCUGCUGAGGGCAUCAAGUUCUACCUGUACCCCGAUCUGAGCCGCCUCCAAGACCCUGAGGUGUGGAUCGAUGCCGGGACUCAGAUAUUCUUCUCUUAUGCUAUUUGUCUUGGUGCAAUGACUUCAUUAGGAAGCUAUAAUAAAUAUAAAUAUAAUUGCUAUAGGGACUGCUUGUUGUUGGGAUGCCUGAACAGCGGGACCAGCUUUGUGUCCGGUUUUGCCAUCUUCGCCAUCCUGGGUUUCAUGGCGCAGGAGCAGGGCGUGGCCAUCGCCGACGUAGCUGAGUCAGGUCCCGGACUUGCCUUCAUCGCAUAUCCAAAGGCAGUCACUAUGAUGCCACUGCCCACUUUUUGGGCUAUACUCUUCUUCAUCAUGCUUCUGCUGCUGGGCCUCGACAGUCAGUUUGUAGAAGUGGAGGGUCAGAUCACCUCCUUGGUGGACCUGUACCCAUCCCUCCUAAGGAAGGGAUACCGGAGAGAGAUCUUCAUCGCUGUCAUCUGUGUCAUCAGUUACUUGGUGGGACUCACCAUGGUCACUAAUGGUGGCAUGUAUGUGUUCCAGCUGUUUGAUUACUAUGCAGCCAGCGGUGUGUGCCUUCUCUGGGUUGCAUUCUUUGAAUGUGUGGCAGUAGCCUGGGUUUAUGGCGCUGAUAAUUUCUACGAUGCUAUUGAGGAGAUGAUUGGCUACAGACCAAACAGUUGGAUGAAAUGGAGCUGGAUGUUGAUCACUCCCGUGCUGUGUGUGGGCUGUUUCGUGUUUUCGCUGGUGAGAUAUAAACCCCUCACUUACAACAAAGUGUACGAAUAUCCCGACUGGUCCAUAGGAAUUGGUUGGUGCCUGGCUUUGGCUUCGAUGAUCUGCAUCCCCAUGGUGGUGGUGGUCAAAAUCAUCCAAUCGGAUGGUUCGCUGAUUGAGAGGAUCAAAGCCGUGGCGGCGCCGGUGAAAGGAGCGAGCUCACGUCCGAAAGAGUGCGUCCUGAAGAACAGCGAGCUGCUCCACCCGCUCGACCCUAACGGCACCUACGCCCUCACCAAACCCUCUCACACCAUCGUAGAAACUACAAUGUGAGACUCUCUAUGAGAGAAGCGUGUUCCCCCGCCUCCUCCUCUUUUUCUCUGUCCUUUAGACUGCUUCAUAGUGUGUUCUAGUUGUAUUUCUACACCGGGAGGUCGCUCCUUUAAUAUAAUAUCCUUUGCUGUUUAGGAAAUUUUGUUCUCAUUAUUAUUAUUAUUAUUAUCAUUAUCAUUAUUAUUGUGGUAUUAUUCCUGUUGUUAUUAUGAGAUCACUGUAAUCAUUGCUAGUAAUGCUAAGAUUUGUUGAGGUUGAAGCUGGGAGAGACGCCUGGUCUUUUUCGCAGAGAGACGGAUAGGAACUGUGAAUGUUGUUUAGGAGGAAAAGCUGAAGAUUUUAAUUUCAAAGAGAAAAAAAAUAACAAAUACAGCGGUGAAGUAAACGUGAUUUUUUUUUAUUUUUUAAAGAUAGCUGCACUAAUCAGCAGGUGUGUAGGUGACAGUUUGUGGCAGUGACCCUUAUUGUACAGUGAGGUUUCCUGUACAGCGUUCUUCGUCUUGAUGAAGCUGAAUGUACCUCCGCUUUGUGCGGAAGCUCUGCACUGCUUACACACACUCACACACACGCACACACACACACAUAUUUGAUUUAUUGGAGAGGGUUAAGUCCUCAAGCGUGUGCACAUUUUUCGCAAUGGUGCCCUUUUUAAAACCCUUUGUGCACUUUAAUAAUCACUGCCAGUUGACACACACACACACACACACACACAAGCUCAUACAGUAUCCAGCCAUCGUGUUGCUCUAAUACUGUAGGCAGCUGUGCUUUUUAUAUAUGCUAAGUAUCACAUACUGCUCUUCUCAUUUACGAGAGGAGAUUGAAACCGAUUUCUUUUUUUAAUUAAAAGUAAUUCAGGGUUGCCUGAUCAUCCUACUGCUGGGUCCGAGGGUAAAUUAUUUACCCGUCGUCCAGCGAUAUCCGUCCCUCCUUUUAAUGCCUUUCAGAAAGCAAGAUACCUUGUCAUCCGAUUCGUUCGUUCUUUCGUUCUUCUUAUCGUUUGUUCUCGAUGAAACCCCGGAACCCAUUGCUUUACUUCAUACAGCCUCGUGUCCUGCGUCAUUAUCGUGCACUGCCAGUCAAAAUCCGAGAAACACCCGUCUCUGUGUUUUAAUGCACCUCUGAUUGGAUGAUGGAUGGACGAUAUUAAAAGCAAAACCAAAAAAAUUCAUACAGCUCCGGAACUGCUUCUCUGGAAUGUUCCUGGAGCAAUUAAAGCUUGUUUUUCACCUCAGUGUGUUCAGGUUGCUGAUGGUGAUGAUGAUGAUGAUGAUGAUGAUGAUGAUGGCAACUCCAAAAUCUCUCAUGUUUCGAAUCCCAGAUGUUCAACUUCUACAAAUGGUUGCUGAUGGUGAUGAUGAUGAUGAUGAUGAUGAUGAUGGCAACUCCAAAAUCUCUCAUGUUUCGAAUCCCAGAUGUUCAACUUCUACAAACGGUUCAGAAUUAGAUCUGUGGAUGGGGCAGGAGACUCUUCAUCCUAGAGGACAGAACGUCCAUCAAGGUGUGAACUAGACAGACAUAAACCUGAACAAUUCAGUUUGGGAUCAGUUGCCACAUCAUCUUCAUCAUCAUCGUCAUCUUCAUCAAAACAAAGAAGAGCAAACGCUUAAACCCUGAGAGUGAACAGCAUAGAGUUCAGAAGUGUUUCAGUAACCUAACAACGAGAAAUUCAGCCAAAAGUACAGAGAUGAGAGAAUUAAUCACUGAUUUAUUUCCCUCAGAUCAUCAGGUCUAGAGAGAUCUAGAGACGGUGUUUAAGGCUUGAGUUUAAAUUUUACAAUCUGAUCCGGAUCAUCAUCUCUGAAUUAUUGUGAACUUCAACAUUCUAUUCUAUUAUUUUCUAGUCCAUUCUUUUUUUAUUCAGUUCUAUUCUUUUCUAUUCCAUUCUAUUUUAUUUUAUUCUAUUCCAUUAUUUUCUAGGCUAUUCUUUUCUAUUGCAUUCUUUUCUAUUCAAUUCUGUUCUUUUCUAUUGCAUUCUUUUCGAGUCUAUUCUAUUCUAUUAUUUUCUAGUCCAUUCUUUUCUAGUCCAUUCGUUUUUAUUCAAUUUGAUUCUUUAUAUUCUAUUCCAUUAUUAUCUAGUCCAUUCUAUUCUAUUUAAGUCUAUUCUAUUCCAUUCUUUUCAAGUCCAUUCUAUUCUAUUCUGUUCUAUUCUAUCAUCAGGUGUUCAGGAGUCUUUGACUGGCAGUGAACCCAUCAUAAUUCACUCUUCAUGGCUUGAGGUCGAUCCUCACGCUCUACACGCUCUCUCUGAGUUCAUGCACUGUGUCCGCGAUUAAAUACACUCACAAGUAUUUCCUCUCUGAUCAUCUUUGCCUUUUCCAAUCAGCCAUUUUCUAUGGUGCAGAAUCGUAAAACCGUCAGUGAUUCACCUCGAGUUUUCUGAAACCGAUUCAGAAAUUUCUAUCUAAAUGUUAGCCUAAACUUGCAGUGUGCAAUAUUUGUAAACAAGUGGUUUUGUCUGUUUUUUAUUAUUAUUAUUAUUAUUAUUAUCAUUUUCAGCUUGAUACAUGUAAUAAAAUGAACAAUUUCAACCAGCGUUUUAAAAAAAAAAAAAUCCAUUCAAACGAAUACAAUAUACUGUAACUGGAUUUGAUUAUUCAAUAAACCGAAACAUUUUGUGUAACCAAAGUAGCUUUGUUAUCAACUCGUUUUGAGAUGCAUAUUGCAUCAUUUAGAUCUUAAAUAAAAAGUUUUUUUUUCCUCUGGGAACAA